AAUAAUAAUUAGAAAGGCUAGAUGGUAGGUUAGGUUAAUAUUUGAGAGCUCAGCCUCAACGUCUCAUAUAGAAAUCCAUCAUUUUCAUAAGAAGCUGUUUUCUUCGCCUGAAAACCACUCUUCCAAAACCACUCUCCAUCGUUCUCCAGCUCUCUCUCUCUCUUCCAAGGUCCCCACUUUCUCCUUCUCUCUAAGCACCCUUCUUGUUCCUCAUACGUUUAUCUCAGAACCCCACAUAUAUAUCAUCAUCAUCGUCAUCUCUCUGUGCAGUAGACGAUAAUCUGUGUUAAGAAGGACCAUGAUCUCUGUGUUUCUUUGAAUCUCUAUAGUCUUCUAUGCUUCCACUGUGUGCUUCUGUUUCUACUGCAUCAUGUACCAAGCACACCAGUGCUUCUAUAUAUCUCUCUCUCCCCCUGUCUUUUUCUCUUUCUCUAUAUAGCCCGCAACUGUAAAAAACCAAUCUCUCCCUCUCUCUCUCUCUCUCUCUCUCCAUCGUUUUCUUCCUUUCUGCUCAGUACACACCUCGCUUUCUCUUUCUAUCUAUAUCCAUGUUUUUAUAAUCGGGUUCUCUUUCUUUAUUUGUUUCUUUCUUUCUCAGAUACAAAGACUAAACGAGAAAUUUUUAACAAACAUGGCGUUUCAUCAAAACCUUUCUCAAGAACUUCCUCUUCACCAUUUCUCUGCAGAGCAAACUCAACCACCACAAACCCAACAACAACAGCAACAGCAGCAAAAUAUACCUGAAAGCACCACCGCACCAAAUUGGCUUAACACUGCUCUCCUCCGUACCCAACAACCACAACCACCAUCAUCCCACUCCCACUUCACCAGUAAUAAUAAUUUUUUAAAUCUUCACACCACUACUUCUACCACCAACUCCGAUUCCACUGCUUCCCAGAAUCCUACCCAAUGGCUUUCCCGCUCCUCCUCCCUCCUCAACCGCAACCACAGCGAUGUCAUAGAUGAUGUUACUGUUGCAACCGCCGCUGACUCUAUCAUCGCACGCAAUAUUUCCCACGAAUCAGCCGAUUUGAAAACCAACACCAAUAACAACGGUGAGACCAUGAAUAAUAAGAGUGAAGGAGGGAUGGUUGAGAGUGAUGGAGGCGGUAGCGGAGGUGGGGAGGGAGUGGUUAACUGGCAGAAUGCAAGAUACAAGGCGGAGAUACUGUCUCAUCCUUUGUAUGACCAAUUGUUGUCGGCACAUGUGGCGUGUUUGCGGAUCGCAACGCCGGUGGAUCAGUUGCCGAGAAUUGACGCUCAGCUUGCCCAGUCACAGCACGUAGUGGCUAAAUACUCCGCCCUCGGCGGCGGGACUCAGGGAAUGGUCGUUGAUGAUAAGGAGCUUGAUCAGUUCAUGACACAUUAUUUUCUGUUGCUUUGUUCCUUUAAAGAACAAUUGCAGCAACACGUUCGAAUCCAUGCAAUGGAAGCAGUAAUGGCUUGCUGGGAGAUAGAGCAAUCCCUGCAAAGCUUAACAGGAGUUUCUCCAGGUGAAGGUACAGGUGCAACAAUGUCUGAUGAUGAUGAAGACCAAGUAGAUAGUGAUGCCAAUUUGUUUGAUACAAGUUUGGAUGGUUCAGAUACCAUGGGAUUUGGUCCCCUUAUUCCAACAGAAAGUGAGAGGUCUUUAAUGGAGAGGGUCAGGCAUGAACUGAAGCAUGAUUUAAAGCAGGGUUACAAAGAGAAAAUUGCUGACAUCAGAGAGGAAAUUUUGCGCAAGAGACGAGCCGGAAAGCUACCUGGGGACACAACCUCUGUCUUGAAAUCUUGGUGGCAAUCACACUCCAAGUGGCCAUAUCCUACAGAGGAAGAUAAGGCAAGAUUGGUACAGGAAACAGGGUUGCAAUUAAAGCAGAUAAACAAUUGGUUCAUCAACCAGAGGAAGAGGAACUGGCACAGUAACCCUUCAACUUCAACAGUCUUGAAAAGCAAACGCAAAAGAAGUAAUGCAGGUGAUAACGGUAACGAUCGUUUCAUGUAAAUCCAAGAACCAAUUCCCUUGUGCUUAAUCAAUCGAUCUUUGCUCAUUCUUCUCUGCUCAAGCAAUCAACAUAUAUAUAGAAACUGUGACGGUAGCUGCAGUGUUCUGCUGAAUUGGAGGCUAACACGAAGAGAUGAUGAUCAAGCGAGGAAGGCUCAAAUUCACAUGCAUACAUAUGCAGAUGGUAGAAGUGCAUGUGACCAUGCAAAAUUGUUAUUUGGGAUUUUGAAAAAUUUAAGAAAUAUAUUACUGAAACCGAGUUAGAUAUAGCACCAUAUGGAUCUUGAUCUUGCAGGGUUUAUGAUUUUUGUUUAUAUCUGUGAAUGAUAGAGUAUAGUGAGAGAAGGUUAUGGGGUAUACAGUGUAAUAAUCUUUGCAUAUGAUUGUUUUCCUUUGCUCAUUAUACAUGAGUAUGGCUUUUCUUUUGGCA